AUGCGAUCGAGUACACACUAUGUUGAUGACACCAGCACGCGGCUAUCUGUGCGGUGUAGUAAACACCGUGUUGAUAAAACCAGCAGCUCACAGCUAUCUAGUACACACGGUGUUGAUCACAACAACACACAGCUAUCUAGUGCCCACGGUGUUGAUCGCAACAGCUCAUGGUUGUCUACUACACACUGUGUUGAUAACACCACCAACAGCACACAGCUAUCUAGUACACACCGUGUUGAUGACACCAUUAGCACGCGGCUAUCUAAUUCUAAUACACACUAUUAUGUCGAUGAAACCAUCAUCAGCCCGGCGGGCGAUAACCCCAAGACAAGAUACGACGAGCGCAAGUCCCGCCGACCCCGACCCGCGCCUCGCACGUCCGCACUGUAUGGGAACGCUACGACGAACGUUAUUGCAGCAAAACCAGCAGCUAGAUCUACCACCGCCACCACCACGGCCGCCUCAAGCCGUGAUAACCGGGAUAGCGAGGAGGGUGAUAACGGGAGGAGAGCAGCAGCAGGCCCCUUCACGUCGGAGGCUGAGCAGAGGAACAAGUGUAUCGAUAGCGUUUACAUUAUAGGUAAGCCACCCACCAGCGAGCGGCCGGACAGUAAUCACCAUCGUCGUAGUCGUCGUGUGUCGGGCCCGUUGUCUGAUGAGAACACAGCCUCGUCUGAUUGGACCGUAGCGUCGUCUGAUUGGGCAGAUAGCGGCAACGGCGGUGGUUGCGGCGGUGAUGGUGGUGCCCGUAGGAAGGUGAGACAGUCCGGGAGUUCGGGGAUAUUCGGCUUGUACUGUGCCCGGGUGUUGAGGGAAACGCAGAACCAGGACCAAGUGGUUCCCCGCGGCCGGACUCUGACGCGUCAUCGACCUGGUGCGGAGCAUCGGUCAGUUGUGCAGGGGAGUGGACAGACAGUGACGCCCCAUCGAGCUAAUACAGAGCACAGUUCGGGUGCUGUGGAGAGUGUAGAAGUCCGGAUCGGUGAGACUGGGAUUUGUUCUCAAAACCCCGAACCUCAUCUUCGUCAUCAUCCUCAUCAUCAUCAUCUUCAAAACCACAGUACUUCCCAGACGGCCGUGGUUGAUAGUGCAAAAGACCGGCAUGGUGAAACUGUAACGCGUCAUCGAUGUGCAGAGCACCCGACGACCGUGAGUGAUAGUGUAGACGACGGACAUGGUGAGAGAGUAACGUGUUGUCCAAACCACGAACAUCAUCAAAACGACCGUGUUUCUCUGACGGGUGUAGGUUAUGUAGGUGCAGAGAACAGGAGUGGCGGAACACUGACGCGUCAUCCGUCUACAGCGCACCGAACAACCGUGGUGCGAAGUGGAGGAGACCGGCGUAGUGAGAUAGUGGCCUGUUCUCAGAACCACAGUAAUUUCCAAAUUGCGUUGGAUGACAGUGUGGAAGACUGGAAUGGAGAAGCGGUGACUUGUAAUCCAGUCCUCGUUAGUUCUACUUCCCAGACGUCCUUGCAGGUGCGUGAAGCCGGCCGGAAUGGACUGACCGUAGAGAGGGGGUUAGGAGGUAGAGAGGAGGGGAGAGGAGAAGGUAGAGAGGAGAAGUUAGGAGGUAGUGAGGAGGGGAGGGAGCCUGCGCUGUGUCAUUCUUCAGAGCGCCCGGACUAUAGUUGCGCCCCGUGCAUGUGUUCAGUCAGACCCACCAACCACCGUGCCGGGAUGACGGGCAGGGACCAAUCAGAGGCCGACAUAGCCUCAUUCCACGUGUCGCCGCCGCCUUGUAUCACGGCCGCCGUAGCCGACCCGGCGUCUUCCACGAGGAAAAAGAAGAAGAAGAAAAAGAAAAAGAACGACGGUUUCCCCGAGUCCCCCCAGCCGGCCCCGUUUUGUUUCCCCUCGAGUGGUCGAGAUUCGGCGGGUGACGAGCCAAUCGCUCCGGACUCGUCACGUCUCUCUGCUCACCAGCACACCAUGCCACACGGGGUGAGUAACGGUGUGCCGGAGACUAUCACAUCGGAGAACUCGGAUAUACCGGCGGCACACAGACGGGGAUGGAACCCUAGUCAUGCGGCGGUGCAGGAUACUGCGUCGGCCUCCUCUGACGCCGCCUGCGCGAGCCAGCAGCCGGCCGAUCACUCGUCAUCGUUGUCGGUCGUAGAAGGUCAGGCAGUGGCCGAGAACGACGUAAAACAACGGAAGAAGAGGCGCCGCCGCACCAAGAGAACGUUGGUGGACACGUCACAGGGUGCAGUGUGUUGUUGCAGCCCCGGCGGUGGUGGUGGUGGUGGUGGUGGUGGUGGUGUGUUGUUACCCUCCACGUCAUCACCUUGCCAAGGCUGUUGGUCUCCGUCUGGUGCCUCGCCACCACCACAACAACAUCAACAACAACAACAACAACAACAACAACAACAUCACGAGCCGGACAGCGGCUUGGACUCAAGCUCGCAGUCCUCCAUACACUCGGCCGGUUCCUCUAUACACUCGGCCGGUUCCUCCCCGUUGCCUCCACUAGACUACCACCACCAUCACUAUCAGCAGCUACAGCAGCAGCAGCAGCAAACAGACUCACGGAGCUCCUCGGCGGAGAGGCUCCGCAUCUGCUCGUCCCCCAACUUUGUGUACGACCCCGACGUGGUCAACGAGAUGCCCUUCUACUUCACCGAGCCGCCUCUCGAGGACUUCCCCUCGCCCCGGGAGAUGGUGCUCCCGGACUGGGUGCUGCACGACUCCCUCUCCGGGGAGGAGAGAGGAGAAGGCGAGGACGGGGAGGAGGAAGACGAAGGGGAGCUGUGGGGUGAUUGGCCUGAGGAGGAGGAGGAGGAAGAGGGAGAAGAUCACGAUGCUUCAGUAGCUGAACUGGAAGUGCGUGAUACGGAAUGUGAUGCCGUGAGCUCGCGUGUAGGUCGCGUGGAACAAAGCUCAGAGGACGGCCUGGACAAGCUUGUGGGGAGGACGUCUGCUGCUGGGGGAGUUAUGUGUCUCCCGGUGCUGGGGGAGGCUGAGAGUGGCCUGGCCGUGACGUCACGGGCUGAUGAGGUCACGGAGGAUUUGGACGGCGUCAGCGAUAUCGCCACCUGCCUCACCUCCUCCAGUGACGGCAACACGCGGCUAUCGUGGACACAGAGACGUUCCCCAUCGGCUCCGGCUCCUCCAAGAAGAACGCCAAGAAGGCUGCGGCCGCGCAUGCGCUGAAGAUCAUGUACGAGAGGGGCCGCCGGAACCUGGAGAUGUGCAACGAGAUGGCGCACAAGAAGCUCCGAACGAUGACGCAAGAGGAGGUGGGCUCUCACGCGCACCGCGUGGUGCUGGUGUCACGUCACGUGCUGGACACGGCCGAGGAGACGCAGUUCAUCAACUACAGCAAGGACAAGAUAGCCGCCACCUUUGUGCUGGAGUACCACGGCAAGAUGAGGGUCGUCGGUAUGGGCACAGGCAACCGCUGUAUUCUGUACCAGCACAUGACGCUAGACGGACAGAGGGUGAUCCACUCCCACGCCGAGAUCAUGGCACGACGCGCCUUCCUCAGAUACCUCUACAAGCAGCUGCUGACGUACUCAGGCAGCCGGUCCCACCCGAUCUUCACGCGCAGCGAGACGGGCAAGCUGAAGGUCCGCGACAAGAUCCAGGUGCACCUGUACAUCUCCCGGCCGCCCUGUGGCGACGCCGCCGCCUUCCCGACCAUCAGCAACUUCCCCAACAAGAUGAGGGCCAUUCGAAAACAGGGGCAGCUCCGAACCAUCAUUGAUGACGGUGACAUCAUGACGUGCAGUGACAAGAUCUGCCGGUGGAACGUCUUAGUUGUACAGGGGGCGCUGCUCUCUCACUUCCUAGACCCCAUCUACAUCAACUCGCUCGUCAUUGGCAGCCACACGGGCGACCAGCGUGGCCACGUCCCACGCGCGGUGAGCGGGCGUCUCAAGUGCGGCCGUCUGCACGAGGUGAUCCAGCGGCCGUUCCGCAUCAACAGCCCCGACAUCCACUACCCGCACGACGACCUGGCCGACAACUACAACAUCACCAAGUCCAAGCAGUACUGCAUCACCUGGUCCUACGGGGACGCCGACGCCGAGAUACUCGACGCUAUCACUGGACUCACCAACAUGGAAUCCCUGGAGGAGGUGGUCCCGUCCCGUGUGUCCAAGGUCUGCCUGUUCUCCUUGUUCCGUGAGGUUUGCCAGCGCUACGGGCGCUCCGACCUGGCCGCUCUCGACUACCUCCGGGCCAAGAAGUCUGCCAACACCUUCCAGAGGAUGAAGAGCUUUGUAGGCCAGCACCUUGCAGCCAUGGGUUUCGGCCAGUGGUACUCACUGCAAGAGACUUCUUU